CGAGGUUCAUUUCUAGCAGUCUCCCUGAGCAAGUUGACAAGAAGAGCCGCAGAGGGAUAGGGAGUCGGUUCUGCGGGUCCCAGCCUGUUGCGUCCUAGGUCAGCCCCGGUGCUCUCGCCGGGUCGCCGGCUUCCGCCGGCUUCCGCAUCCUCGUUGCGGUCCCGAGCCAGCUCUUACCGACUGGACGCCCGGCCUGAGGUCGCGCAGCCAUGGACUUCUCCAAGUUCCUGGCCAAAGACUUCGACGUGAAAGAGUGGAUCAAUGCGGCCUUCAGGGCUGUCCCCAAGGAGGCGGCGGCCGGGAAGGUGGACGGCCACGCGGCCACUCUCGUGAUGAAGCUGCAGCUGUUCAUCCAAGAAGUGAACCACGCCGUGGAGGAAACAAGUCACCAGGCCCUUCAGAACAUGCCCAAGGUUCUCCGUGAUGUCGAAGCCCUUAAACAGGAAGCAUCUUUUCUGAAAGAACAAAUGAUUCUUGUCAAGGAGGACAUUAAAAAAUUUGAACAGGACACAGCUCAAUCCAUGCAGGUAUUGGUAGAAAUUGACCAGGUGAAGUCCAGAAUGCAGCUUGCUGCAGAAUCUCUUCAAGAAGCGGACAAGUGGAGCACAUUGAGUGCUGAUAUUGAGGAAACAUUUAAGACUCAAGAUAUAGCUGUAAUUUCUGCCAAACUAACAGGUAUGCAGAACAGUUUAAUGAUGCUUGUUGAUACACCCGACUACUCAGAAAAAUGUGUGCACUUGGAGGCACUGAAGAACAGGCUGGAGGCCUUGGCCAGCCCCCAGAUUGUAGCAGCGUUCAGCUCUCAGUCUGUAGAUCAGGCCAAAGUAUUUGUGAAAGUUUUUACUGCAGUUGAUCGGAUGCCGCAACUUCUUGCAUACUACUAUAAAUGUCACAAGGUGCAGCUUUUAGCAACCUGGCAAGAGCUGUGCCAGAGUGACCUUCCCCUGGACCGGCAGCUCACCGGGCUUUAUGAUGCCUUGCUUGGUGCUUGGCACACACAAAUCCAAUGGGCUAUGCAGGUUUUCAAGAACCCCCACGAGGUGGUGACGGUGCUGCUGAUCCAGACGCUGGGGGCUCUGGUGCCCUCCCUGCCCAUCUGCCUGGGCUCCGGCGUGGAGAGGGCAGGGCCCGAGUUGGAGCUCACCAAGCUGCUGGAGUUCUACGACGCUACUGCCCACUUUGCCAAGGGCUUGGAGAUGGCACUGCUCCCCCACCUAUAUGAGCACAACAUGGUGAAAGUCAUGGAACUGGUGGAUGCUGUAUAUGGUCCGUACAAACCUUACCAGCUGAAAUACGGCGACAUGGAAGAGAAAAACCUGCUCAUCCAGAUCAGCGCAGUGCCGUUGGAGCAUGGGGAAGUAAUUGACUGUGUCCAAGAGCUGAGCCUCUCUGUGAACAAGCUCUUUGGUCUGGCAUCUGCAGCCGUUGACAGAUGUGUCAGGUUCACCAACGGAUUGGGGACCUGUGGCCUGCUGACAGCCCUGAAGUCCCUCUUUGCCAAGUACGUGUCUGAUUUCAUCAGUACUCUCCAGUCAAUACGAAAGAAGUACAAGCUGGAUGAUAUUCCUCCCAACUCCCUUUUUCAAGAAGACUGGACAGCUUUUCAGAACUCAGUUAGGAUAAUAGCCACCUGUGGAGAGCUCUUGCGGCAGUGUGGGGACUUCGAGCAGCAGCUAGCAAACAGGAUUUUGUCCACAGCAGGAAAGUAUCUCUCUGACUCCUAUAGUCCUCAGAGCCUGGCUGGUUUUCAGGAUAGCAUCCUGACGGACAGGAAGAGCUCUGUCAAGAACCCAUGGCAAGAAUAUAAUCACCUUCAGAAAGAUAACCCUGUUGAAUAUGCCAGUUUAAUGGAAAUACUUUAUACUCUCAAGGAGAAAGGGUCAAGUAACCACAACCUGCUGUCUGUGUCUAGGGCAGCCCUGACUCGGCUUAACCAGCAGGCCCACCAGUUAGCUUUCGACUCUGUUUUCUUGCGCAUCAAACAGCAGCUGCUCCUGAUUUCCAAGAUGGAUAGCUGGAACACAGCCGGCAUUGGAGAAACUCUAACCGAUGACCUGCCCACCUUUAGCCUCACUCCUCUUGAGUACAUCAGCAACAUUGGGCAGUACAUCAUGUCCCUCCCUCUGAAUCUUGAGCCAUUUGUGACUCAGGAGGACUCUGCCUUAGAGUUGGCUUUACACGCUGGAAAACUACCAUUUCCUCCUGAGCAAGGGGAUGAACUGCCUGAGCUGGACAACGUGGCUGACAGCUGGCUGGGCUCGAUUGCCAGAGCCACGAUGCAGACCUACUGUGACGUGAUCCUGCAGAUCUCUGAGCUGACCCCGCAUUCCACCAAGCAGCUGGCCACUGACAUCGACUAUCUGAUCAACGUGAUGGAUGCCCUGGGCCUGCAGCCAUCCCACAACCUCCAGAACAUUGUGAUGCUCUUGAAGGCCAAACCUGAGGAUUAUCGGCAGGUCGCCAAAGGCCUGCCCCGCCGCCUCGCCGCGCCAGUGGCUGCCAUGCGUGGCAUGCAUUACUGACCCGCUGGGCACCUGUCGGGGGUCACAGCAACGCUCCAGAUGGGUUUACUCCAAAGACCUCCCAGGAAUCGGGCAGAACUUGUUUUAAGAAGACUUGGUUCAUUUGUGUAAUUUAAAAAAAGUUGUAAAUUAGAGGUGAAUUAUUAGAGAGGACUUUUCAGGUGGUUUUUUAAACAAUGAGCUGAUCUUGAAAAUGGAAUGAAUAAAUACUGUGAAAUGAA